AUGGCCUCGACCUUCAUGACCUCCUUCUCCCGCGGAUUCGGUGGCACCAACGUGUCAGUCGUGAGCUACGCAGCCAAGGCCCGCUUUGCCCUCUUUCUGCCUCUGCCUGGGGAUCAGGGCUUAGCGGCGAAGGGUCCACGGAUUGAGGUCGAACAGUCGUGCGACACCAGCCACCUUCCGGACUCUGCGGCACCGAUGCCCCUGGCCGACGGCUUGGUUUUCUGGCCCGGGGGAGGUGGCAAAGUCGAUGGGGACUCGAUGCCCAAGCAGCAUUUCGCCAUCGCAGGUACCUUUUCCGAGUGGGAGCCACAGCCCAUGAAGAAGGAGUCGGAGGGUGUUUUCAGCUGCUCUGUCACGCUGGGGGAGAACAGGUGGGAACAGUUCCAGAUUUGGCUCGAUGGCGACCCAUUGAGGUGCCUUUACCCGGAGCAGCACAAG